GUAGUUAUCUACUUUCAAGAUUCUUCUUAAAAAGUCUUAAUCUUUGAUUCAUGCAAGGCUUUUCAUUUGGAUUCUAGUUAUUAGAUCUGUAUAUAUUCCACUAGUUCUACAUACCCUUUUGUUUUUAUUAGGCCUUAUAUAAUUUUUGAUACUUUUUUUUCUGGGAUUCUGAGUUCUAGAUCCUUCUGUCCUGCAAAAUUCCAAUUGUUUAUUGAUAUUCCUGUGAAAAAAAAAUGAGACUGAUUGAUUUGUUUUGAACAAAAGCUUUGCAAAAAUAAAGUUUAAAGCUUUAUCCUUUUUGUCUCUUUUCUUCUUUUAUAUGACUGCAAAAGAUUCUUCAUUCUUUGUAGUUUGCAACACCUAGCCACACUUAUAGAAGCUAUAUAUAUAAUUGAUUGCUAUAGAUCUUAUUACAAUUGUCACAAGUUAUUCAGAAUAAGCUUGUUUUUUGAAACUUUCUUGCUUAGUAUUAUUGGGGUUACAGCUUUUAUCUAAAUGUCUUUUUCUCCACAUUUGAAAAAAGUUGGGGAAAGUGGUCAUGGUAGUGGUUGAUUGCAUCUUCUUUUUGCUGUUUUUAUUAUCUGUUUGCUUAGACCUCAUGAUGAGUUUUCUUUGGACUUGUGGAAAGAAUAAAUGAAAAAGAAUCUUUCACAUGUGAGUAUCCAUAGAAUAGUUUCUCCUCAAAGAUUAGUUUUGUUUCUGUCACAAUCUUCCUGGCCCAUUGCUUCCGUUGAACAACUAUUGUAUCUAUAAGUCAUAUGGAGGUUGCGUCUGUAUCCUACUUUGAGAGAAACAGAUAGAUAUAUUAAAUUAAACUUUAACGGAUUCCAUUCUCUAGAAUGAAGUUUCCUUAUACUUGUCUUCUCCUCAUUGUUGUUCUCUAUUUGCCCUUGGACAUGUAGAUUAGUGUUUUUUUGACUGGUGCGUGAAGAUAUAGCUCUGGUGUAUUGACUUCUCUGUCUGCAAGAUUAACAAACCAUGAGAGCAGAUAAUGAUCAUGUGGUUGGAAACUCGGUAGAGAGCUGCAAAGAUGAGUCUAAGCCUCAUCAAUGUCCUGAAGAGAAGUGGGAAGAUGCAGAGCUAAAGAUCCAAGAAAAUGGGAAGAACGGUAGCAAUGUGCCCGAGUUGUUCUAUGAUACAAGAACCGGCGACGAAUGGGAUAAAGAGAAUGAUGGAAAAGAUUCUAAUGAGGCUGGAAAGAAUAAUAUAGAUGCUAAAAGUGGUUCUCCUGAGACAGUUGAUCCGGUGUUUUUUAUGGACAAGAACGUUACGGCCUGUGACUUGCCUGAGAUUGUGGUUUGUUACAACGAGAACACUUACUACCAUGUCGUGAAGGACAUAUGUGUUGAUGAAGGCGUGCCGGUCCAGGAGAAGUUCUUAUUCGGUGAGAAAGGCUCAGUGAAAUGCAGCUCAGACUCAAACCAGUGUGAGUCAGAGGAUUUGAUGAAAGCAGAUAAAGGGAUAGAAACAACUAAGUCCUUAGAAGAAGACGGAAACGGUAAGGUUGAUGAUGAUUCUGAGCUUUGUAAUGAUCCUAAAACAAACCAAGAUGUUGAAGAAGCUUCAAGAGAAGACUUUGCUGAUGCUGAAGGUUCUUCUAGCAGUUGCAAUCAAGAUCAUUUGAUUGUGACAAGAGAGGCCAAGGACUCUCAUGGAAUUGAAGUGGCUACAUUGGAGACUAAUGUUCCAAAGGAAUCUAAAACUUUGGGAGACAUUCUGUCAUGGGAAGCAGAUGAACCAAAACCUCUUAACAACAUCAGUAGUGAUAAAUGUGAAGAACAAUCUCCACCUCAGCUUCAGGAGAAGGAAAAACAUGAGCCAAAAGAAGCAGAGGAGGAGAAGCUUUCCUCUGUUCCUACAACAAUCUCUCAAGAGCCAAACAAAACUUUCAACGACAAUCAGCAACCAAACUUGUUAGUGGGAGAUACUUUGGAAGACAACAAACUUAUCUCUAGCGGAUUUGGAGAGACAAGUUUCUCAGCAGCAGAAGCAGUUUCAAUCUCAGGUCAUAUAACGUACACAGGACCUAUUGCAUUCUCUGGAAGCCUCUCUGUUCGUUCUGAUGCAAGCACAACCAGUGGAAGAUCAUUUGCUUUCCCAGUAUUACAGUCAGAAUGGAAUAGUAGUCCUGUAAGAAUGGCCAAACCAGAGAAGAGGAGACACAAAGGAUGGAGACAGAUUCUUCUUUGCUGUAGAUCCUCUUGAUCAACUAGUUCAAAAGCUUCUCACUUUGAAGCACAGAGGAGGAAGGAGAUAUGAGAUUUUACAGUAUUUUUCUUUAAAAGGGAUGUUUUAUAUUUUAAAUGCCGAAGUAAAUAUUUUUUCCCUUUUUUUUUUUUGGGUGGUUUAUAGUUAUGACAUGGUGUGUGUAAUUGGCAUUUUGGUAGUAGUAUUAACAGCUAGGGGCUUUUGAGAUUGGUUAAAGAUGCAACAUGGUCGGUGUUAUGUAACCGAUGAGUUUAUUAUUAUAACUUCAUUUUCAUUCUUGUA